AGGCCGCGGCCCUGAGCCCGGCGGAGCCCGGCGGAGCCCGGCUAAGCCCCGCGAGCGCACGGAGCCCCGAGGCCUCGGCUGCCUCCCAAACUUUUCAAAGUCGGCCCGCGGCUCGGCCGGCCUGGGCUCCGAGCUCGGCCGGGAGGACUCCAGGGACCGAGAGGAGGACCCGGAGGAUCAGGAGGAGGACCCAGAGGAGGAGGGGCCGCCGCAUCAAAGACACCGGCUUCCCGCGGCCCGGGGGCGAGCCAUGCGCGGCGGUCGGUAAUGUCAGCGGAACAGGACAAGGAGCCCAUCGCGCUGAAGAGAGUUAGAGGUGGUGACAGUGGACUGGAUGGGUUAGGAGGGCCCAAUAUACAACUCGGAAGCCCAGAUAAGAAAAAACGCAAGGCCAACACACAGGGAUCUUCCUUUCCUCCGCUGUCAGAGUACGCGCCACCACCGAAUCCAAACUCCGACCAUCUAGUGGCUGCCAAUCCGUUCGAUGACAGCUACAACACCAUUUCCUAUAAACCACUGCCUUCAUCUAAUCCAUAUCUUGGCCCUGGGUAUCCUGGCUUUGGAGGCUACAGCACAUUCAGAAUGCCACCCCACGUCCCUCCAAGAAUGUCUUCUCCCUACUGUGGUCCUUACUCACUCAGGAAUCAGCCCCACCCAUUUCCUCAGAAUCCGUUGGGCAUGGGCUUUAACCGGCCUCAUGCUUUUAACUUUGGGCCGCAUGAUAAUUCGAAUUUUGGAAACCCACCUUAUAAUAAUGUACUGACUCAGGACAUUAACAUGCCCGGUCAGCAUUUUAGACAAGGCUCUGCUGAAAACUUCAGUCAGAUUCCCCCGCAGAAUGUUGGCCAAGUGUCUAACCCUGACCUCGCAUCUAAUUUUGCCCCUGGGAAUAAUUCAAAUUUUACCUCUCCGUUAGAAACGAAUCAUUCGUUUAUUCCACCCCCAAACGCGUUUGGCCAAGCAAAAGCUCCACUUCCCAAACAAGACUUCACUCAAGGGGCAACCAAAACCCCGAAUCAGAAUUCGUCCACUCACCCACCUCACCUAAAUAUGGAGGAUCCAGUCAAUCAGAGUAACGUCGAGUUAAAAAAUGUCAACAGAAACAACGUUGUCCAAGAGAACAGCCGUUCGGGCAGCGCAGAGGCCACCAACAACCAUGCGAAUGGGACCCAGAACAAGCCCCGGCAGCCCAGGGGCGCAGCUGACCUGUGCACCCCCGACAAAAGCCGCAAGUUCUCCCUGCUCCCCAGCCGGCAUGGCCAUUCCUCCUCUGACCCUGUGUACCCGUGCGGGAUUUGUACAAAUGAAGUGAAUGACGAUCAGGACGCCAUUCUGUGUGAAGCCUCUUGUCAGAAGUGGUUUCAUCGCAUCUGCACUGGAAUGACCGAAACAGCCUACGGGCUCCUGACAGCGGAAGCAUCCGCAGUGUGGGGCUGUGACACGUGCAUGGCUGACAAGGAUGUCCAGCUCAUGCGCACUAGAGAGGCCUUUGGUCCACCUGCCGUGGGCGGCGAUGCCUAAGUACGGCUGUCGGCUAACGUGGGUUCAUUGUUCUGUGUAGAACAGAGAUUUGGUGACAUAGGAUUUUAAUGUUUGACAUUAUUUUUUUAAAGGCAUACACAAAAAUAUUACAUUUUAGUUCUUACUAACAAUGCUUCAUUUUAUUGUUUUUUGUUUGUUGUCUUGAAAUGAGAUUAAUGGGGGGGUUGCUGUAGAGACAUUUACAAAUAAAUGUUCAUUGUUAUUUAUCAUAAACACAAAAGCCUCUUGAAGCUUCAAAAUAAUAUAUGACAAAAAUAGGCAGGUUGUAACUUUUAAAAGUUAGAGUCAUUGAAAAAAAUGUAUAUUUCAGUGCUAAACUUUGACCCUGUGAACGUACAUAUAUGGUUCAAGAGUAGACCAAUUUAACAUGUUCUCUGAAUACAAUCUGUGUGGGGAUAACAUAGGGGGAUGUGUAUCUUUAAUAGAUUUUAAAUGGCUUUUUUUUUUCACUUCAUUGUUAGAAUUUGACACCUGAUUCUUCCUCUUCUAGGGUCUUUGAAAUAUGUGAAUUUCAUUGUGUAAAAUCAGUCUUUCCAGGAUAUCUAUGUAGUUACUAGACAGACACUGGUCAUAGCAUAUAGUCUAUUCCAAGCAGUAGCUGCUAAUUAACUGGUGGGCUGUGCCACAUGAAAUUGCUAAUAUCAGCUCGCUGGUUUUAGUAAAGUUGGCAUAACACGUUUCCACAUGUGUCGUUUAGAAUUAUGCUGGCAUUGUGUUCUCUAUUUUUAAAUUACUCUUGUUUCUGCUAAUGUUUUCCACAUAAUAAUGCAGAGUGCUCAGACUUGUGAACACUUUCUUCCACACACUUCUAAACUGGGACAGUCUGCAAAGAGAGGGGCAGAAGUGGCCAUGUGGUCUUACAGGGCUCCGCUGCUCUGAGAACUAAGCACUGGUGGUUGGAGGAAUGUUCUGGAGUUCUGAGCCUGUAAGAUGAACCUCAGGGAAGUUCAAAAUCCACUUAAAGUAAAGGCCGGUGAAGAGGCAAGGCCAAAGCUUCCUUGGGGCUUUGCUUCAGGCUUAGUGGUUUCUGGUGUAACUGGGGAUGGUGUGAGAAGGUACCUGAGAGGACCUUACCUCCAGAGGGAUGCUCUAAGAUCCUCCAAACUGACACACAGAUAUUUUAGGAGAGGAUCAUAACCUGUGACUUUAAUAAACAAAUGGUGUAUAGGACAGUAGGUAGCAAUUUAGACAACAGUGGGGUAUUGAUGACCAUUCCUAAUAAUGCUUUGAUAUUCAUUAUCAGUGUGACCAUAAAAAGUUCUGAAUGUGGGGCUGGUAGCCUGGCACUGUAUACAAGAGCCAUUGCUGCUCUUGCAAAGGACCUGGAUUCAGUUCCCUGAAGCCACAGUGGUCAAUGUACAACCACCUGUAUCUCCAGUUCCAGGGAAUCUGAUGCCCUCUUCUGGCCUUUAUAGGCACUGCACACACAAAGUGCACAUAUAUAUGUUUGUGCAUGCACAGAUACACAUAAAAUAAAAACAUCUUAAAACAUAAUAAUCAAAGGGAUUAAAAUGUAAAAACCCUGAGCACUCUGCUGCUCUUAAAGAGGAUAAUUACUACAGGAAGCUUGAGGGGAAGGACACCCGUGACAGCAGCCCCAUGUUAUCAAGAAACUUAAGGUAUGUGAAGAUUUUUGACUUAAGGGCUGGAGAGAUGGCCCAGCAGUUAAGGGAGCAAGCUGAUUUUUCUGAAGGACCAGAGUUUGAUUCCCAGAACCCAUGCGGCAGCUCACAACCGUCCAUAAUUCCAGUUCCAGAAGAUCCCAUACCAUCUUCUAACCUCCUUGUGAGGGACACAGGCAUACAUGCAGACAAAACACUCAUACACCUAAGAAUAAAUAAAAAGAUAUUUUGACUUAAAAAAUCUUUUUGUUAAUGAACAGAAACCAUACCUUGACACAGUAGGCCACUUUAUGUGUGUCUUGGGUCUCAAUGUGCUGAGUCACAGUUAACUGAUGAACCAUGGGCUUUCUCACCCACCCUCAUCCCUAGACCAUUAAUUAAUGGAAAGCUAGCUUUUUACAAUUUGUGCUUGUUUUCUAGGAAACAGCAUGUUCCAAUUAAGAAGUAGUAACUAUAGGGCUUGAAUAAUUUACACAGUUGACAAAAUGAUUAAUUGUGUGAAUAUUAGACCUCUGAUACCCUGUUGGUAGAAAACAGUGUUUCUGAUGUAGAUCAUUAUUGACUUAAAUUUUUUAAAAAAUAUAUAGUGCUUUGGAGUGGGGGAAAAUACAGUGCUUUAAUUUUGACAUAAUAGUUUCGUACAAUACAAUGUACGCACGGUUUUCUCCCGCUACCCUUGACUGGCUAGAACUGUGUAAUUAUAUAAUAAAUAUUGUCACAAUUUUAGGAAAUGAAAUGAUAAUGAGCUUUGUAACUAACGUCUCUUCGGGUGCAGGAAGGCCUGUGAGGUGGGGGGCUACCUGCCAUGUGCUGGAGUUCAGUGGCUCCAUGAUCUCAGGCGGGUGGUUUUUGUUAGAGCUAACUUUCUAAAUGUUUAAAGAUCUGGUUAUGUUUUUCUUGAAAUUCUUUUGAGUGCUGACUUUUUGAAGAUGUAUCUUGGUUUUAAUUCUGUGUAUCUGCAUGUGGGUGUCCACAGAGGCCAGGAGAGGGCAUCAGAUCCCCUGCUGGGAUUAACAGGCAGUUGUAGGCAGCCUGUGGUGGGUACUGGGAAGCAAGCUCUGGACCACACACUUAACGCUUAGCCUCGCAGCCACCUCUAGCCAUUGAGUCCCGACUCAGGGGGAGUUAUGGACUUCAUGCCGUGUGCUCACUCCUAGCAUCAGGUCGUGACUCUGACUGAAUGGAACAAGAUGGCUGGUGCUCUCAGGAGUUAACACCUCAGUGUGGUAGUAUUGAUUUGGUAAUUGUUAAAGAUGGGUUAUGUAGUUCGAUAAGCCAUUUCUUGCUGACGGUUUUAGUGGUUAGCUUUCUUUGUGUAGAAGUGACCUCCAGGGACAUCAUGUGAUUUAUUUCACUUUAUUUCUAAGGCACUGCUUUAAAAAACAAUACCGUUGAAUUUCAAGUGCUUUACACUUACCAAGCAUCAUAGUAAGUAUCUCUAAAUAUGAGAAAAACAGCGGACGCUCGCCUUUAAUCCCAGCACCCAGGAGGCAGGGGCGGGCGGAUCUCUGAGUUCCAGGCCAGCCUGGUCUACAGAGUGAGUUCCGGGACAGCCAGGCUCCACAGAGAAACCCUGUCUCACAAAACAAAAACAAGAACAGAAAAGAAAAACCACUGGAGGUGGAGACAGGAGGCUCUCUAGGAAUUUCAGGAUACAUAUUGAGACCCUAACUUUACAAAAAAGAAAGGAAGGAAGGAAGGAAAGAAGGAAGAAAGAAAGAAAGAAAGAAAGAAAGAAAGAAAGAAAGAAAGAAAGAAAGAAAGAAAGAAAGAAAGAAAGAAAGGAAAAAGAAAGGAAGAAAGAAAAGAAAAAGAAAAGUCUUACCUUUGUUUCAGCCAUGAGUCACGGCUGAGCUUCGGCAAUCACAGCUGACGAAUAUCUUCACACGUUUGAAUUAAUUUUCUUACUAGUUAACACAUUCGUCUGUGCAAAAUACUGUCAAAAUUAUAAGACAUAUAGAGAUACAUUUGGCGAUGUAAAGGAUGAAUUAUGAGUAUAGCCAGAAAAUUUGUCUCAUUUUACACAAAGAUGUCUGUUACACAGCUUUGACAGAGCUUUCUUAGGAAACAUGAUUAAAAAAAAACACUCCCAACUUCAAAAAUGUAUCAGGUGAAGAGGCAUGGGCAGAAUUGUGUCUUUUCUGGUCUGACCCUCUUUCUUCACUGACAGGCCUCCUCUCCUACACACUACAAACCUAGCUCACUGUUUAUACCUGGGCUCGCUCAACAAAGCCAAGUUCCUGAUGAAGUUGUAAAUCAUCAGUUUCUACGCUGGGAUAUGACCCAGCUGUGAACACUUCCUGCUCUAGAGAAGCCAGCUUCUGUUCCCAUGGCAACUCACAAGCAUGUGUAACUCCAGGUGUGGGGGAUCUGAUACCCUCUUUUGAGCGCACUGCAUGUGUAUGUGUGUGUGAAUUCUGAGCUACCACGUGGGAGCUGAGAUUUGAACCUGGGUCCUCUAGAAGAGAAGCCAGUGCUCUUAACCCCUGAGCCAUCUCUCCAUCGAUGUCUGCAAAAUUUGAAACUCGGAGCAUGCACACGCACAAAUUAGUUAUUUUCUGAGAAGUUUCCUUGCUUGUUCAGUAGAGGGUUUCUGAACCCCGUGCUUCAGAUAUUACAGGAUACACAAAUACUGAAGCAACUUAGAUAAUUGAAGAAAAUACAUCUGCCUUCAAAUAGAGUGCUUAGAGUUAGAUUUGUGAUCAGUGUCUUCUAGCUGGAAUAGUGCUGCUCUUGUGGUUCUUGCUACCCAAAUUAGAAGGUUACGUACAGGAAUCCAGGCUUUCCUGCACUGGUGAUUUAUUUUGUGUAAAUACACAAAACAUAACGACAGCCAGGUUUGAGUUUUGCUUUUUGUUGAUGUUUGGUUUUUGGGGGUGGGGAGAUUGGUUUGAUUUCGGUUGGUUGUUUUUUCAGACAUCCAGUUCUGCCUAGUGAUAGAAAAACCUCUUAGUGAUAUUGGUCACCAUGCAAUCUGAUGAUUUACCAUCAUAAAAAUAUCUCCCCCCCCCCAAAUAUCAAACAACUUCAUCUAAUAGUCUUUCAACCUUAUUUGUCUUGAACAAAUUAGCAUGCCAGCAUUUCUCUCACACCCAGGCUGAUAGGACAUUAAGCAGAUACACGAGCAGAUCUUUAAAGGGGGGUUCUAAGUGUGUAGAGCUUCGUUUUUGUAAUGUAGAGAGGUUUUGUGUGCAUGUACAGUUGUGCUGUUUUAUGCUUUCCUAAUUUAAAAAGUUGAAAAAUCAACCAGACCCACAGAGCUCAUUUGUAAAUAAUAGUCUGGAAAGUCAAUAUGAGAUGGUUAGAUUCUUAGGGAAGCCCGUGAAGGCUUAAAACUCUCUUAAAUGACACGUUAGUGUAAGAGAGAAAGCGGUGGCCUUCCGUGCUCCCGAUGUGCUGAUGAAGUUGACUGGCAUGGGCGGUUCCUACUUGCCCGCUUAGCUUCUGCUGUAGAAGGAAGUUUGUCUUCACUCCUCCAGGAUGCUCCAACUAUCCAUCUUUCCUCUGAUCAGAAGUUACUUUGUGAGCUAUGGAUGUGGCUCAGGUAGUAAAGCGCUUGCCUGGCAUGCAUGAAAUCUGGAUUCCAUCCCCAGGACCACAAAAAAAAUGGGCCACGGUGGUUGGUAGCCACCUGUAAUCCCAGCACUUGGCAGAUGGAAGUCAGAGAAUCAGAAACUCAGCGCCAUCCUCAGCUGUGGAACAAGUUUGAGGCUAGCCUGGGGUACAUAAGACUAUCUCAGAAAGUGGGGCAGGGGAGAAAGAAAGAAAAGCAGUGACUUUGUCCUGUGUUGUUAGGUGUCUAGGUUUUAAGAGAAGAGCAUUUUCUGCCGGGAUACAAAUGAAGAUAGUCGUGACAUUAUGUUACCUUUUUCAAAGAGUCUUUGGAAUCUUUAACACCUAACAUUUCCGACAAUGUGGCUGCAUCCCAGGUCCCACAGGAAGCAGUACUUUUUGCAGACCAGCUGCCCUGUCUUUGGACCACUUCCUUCAGACUGUCUGGACUUUUCGCAGCUUUCCUGUGCUCUGAGGUUCCCUACUCAUCCCCAGACUUCAGUAACUUUCUCUCGCUCUCUCUCCUAUUCCUCAGGAGAGCAGUAUAAGAUUGCAUCUGCAUUUACCGGUUCUGACAUAGGAAUUCGGAGGUACUGGAGCCCGGAGGCCAGGAAGAGCCCUCUCGGCUCCCAAAGCAGAUGGUCAAAGAGAGAUGGAAGAAGGAAGUUAUGUAUAAGCCAGAACCUCAACACAUUGGACACUUGCCUGUGUGUCAUUCAAAACUCAAUAAAAACCACGGGUGGGAAACCUGGCCUGUGUCCAGUUUUACCAAUAACACAUUACGUGCAGUUAUAUCAAACAGUUCUGCAAGUACCUGUACCUUUCUUGUUCUGUGGACAUGUACGUGGUAUUGCUUGUUAGUUAAAAUGUUAUCUUUUAUUUAAAAAAAAAAAAAGAGUCCUGCUUCUUAUCAUGAUGUAUGUGACUUGAACAGUUGUUUCAUAUUAAAACUCUCUCUUUCCCAUGUACUGUUGUCAUAUGCCUCUUCUGGGGAAAUCAGUUAAGUACUUUUAUACAAUCCCAAGUGUGUUCCACAUUGGUGACAUGUAUUUUGGCAGUAGGUUGUCCUUUUGUUCUUAGUGUGUGUCUUAAGUCAUACAUGCACCAGUGCUGUGGUCUGUGGCAAAAUUACUGUAAUUCAAAUUGGAAAAUAAAAAGUUUCCAGACUUUGUCCAACCUUUAUUCCCAUGACAAAGGAAAUUACUGUGUAAUUCUAAUGAUUUUUGUCUGCUGGUACAUUCUAAGGUAUUCUAGGAGGUAACGGAGACAUCAGUAUUUAUGGGUUAGUUUGUAAUGGCUCUGAUGUCUUUGAGGAUUAAAAUUUGGUGUUAGCUCAUGGCAUUCAUAAUACAUAAAUACAUCUAAAAGUAGUGUAAUUAAUUAAUCUCAGUGUUUAGUACCUGAACCGGGAGGCUCUGGAGUUGGAGGCCAUCCUGGGCUGCUUAGCAAGACUGUCUCAAGAGGAAAAGAGUCUAUCUACCUGUGGACAUGAUUUCUAAGGGAUUCUCUUAGCUGACACACACAGAUGACUCCUAACGGAAAGCAAUACUCAUUGUACUAUAAGCAAAAGAAUGGUUCUUCAUUAAUAAAGAACUUAUUGAGAAA